CCAGGAAGCUGCUGAGGAGCCACUAAUUGAGCCCUUGAUGGAGCCAGAAGGGGAGAGUUAUGAGGAACCACCGCAGAACCAGAUAGCAGCCUUAGACUCAAGUAUGGCCGUGAGGGCAAAUGAACAGUGUUGAAGACCCAGCCUGCCUGCAGCUGCUUCAGAAGGAAUCCAGCCCCUCAGAGUCCUUCUGCAGCCCACAGGAUGGGAGCCUGGGUGCUGGGGGCCUGGCCAUGAGGGACUACUUCCCCUCCCAACAAAAGGCCAGCCCUGCACCCCUCAAGCACACCCCUGACCAAAGCCCAAGCAUGGACUCUAGACACAGCAAUCCCAGUGGGGCUGGGGAAGGGACCUCCUGCUCUGAGGGGCCUUCUGGGAGCUCAGCCUACCCUUCUUCCAUUUGUAUCCCUCCUCAGGAGGCAACUACCAAGGAGACACUAGGGACACAUGGAGCUUCAACCUCAGGGAUACCAGAAACCACCUUCACUGGGAAGCCUGACGCUGUGUCCUCAGUGAAAACUCAUCCCACGUCCUUAGAGGGGAGAAAUCCUAUGCUAUUGGAGAAGAUGGAUUCCAAGUCCUCAAAGCAAGCCAAUCCCACUUCCAUAGGCAAGGAAGAUGCUGGGUCCUCAAUGGAAGCAGAUCCCAUGUUGACGAGAAAGACAGAGACUGUGAUCUCUGGAAAAGGGGAUGUUGUGACUCCUGGAAAGAUAGAUACCAUGAGUUCAAGGAAGGGAGAUCCUGGAUCCUUAGGAAAAGUAGAUCUGAUGUGCUCCAGCAAGGUGGACACAGUGUCACCAACAAAGGAGGAUGCUGGGUCUCUGAGAAAGGUAGACCCUGUAUCUUCAGGCAACAUGGAUUUUGCAUCCCCAGGGAAGGAGCACCCUGUGUCCUCAGAAAAGGUGGGCACUAUAUCCCCUGGAAAGGUAGAUAUUUUGUUCUUGGAAAAGAGACAUUCUGGGCCUUCAGGCAAAGUGAAUCCUACUUCCUUGGAGAGCAUAGAUUCUGUGUCCACAGAAAAGAUAGAUCCUGCCCUCUUGGGAAAGCUGACUCCAGGGUCAUCAGGCAAGACAGAGCCUAUGUCCUCUGCAACAGUGGCUUCUGGGUCCUUGGGCAAGGUGGAUUCUACACACUUGGAGACCAUGGAUCCUGCAUGUAUGGGCAAUGCAAAAACUGUGUCUUCUGUAAAAGAGGAUCCUCAGUUCCUGGGAAAGAUGGACCCUGCCUCCUCAGGAGAGGGAGGUCCCAUGGCUAUGGGAAUGAUAAAAACAGUGUCUGCUGGACAGGUAGGUCCUGUGUUUUCAGAAAAGAUGGGUCCCACAUCUGUGAAAAAUGUAGAUCCUGUGUCUUCAAGCAAGAUGGAUCCAGUCUCCUUGGGAAAGGCAGAUCCCACGUCCUCAGGAAAGCCAGAGCCCUUGUCUCCUGGGCAGGCACAACAUGUGUCCAUGGGGAAGACAGAAACUGUAUGCUCAGGAAAAGAGGACCCAGUGUCCUCCAAAAAGGUGGAUCCCCUAGUCAUAGAAAACAUAAAAACAUCACCUUCUGGAAAAGUGAACCCUGAGUCUUCAGUAAAGACUGACCCUGUGUCCUCAGGUCCAGGGGCUCUCACAUCCCUGGGCUCCAGGGGUCCCCCAUCUGCAGUAAAAGCUGAGGCAGUGACUGACAGGAAAGGAGAUCCACAGUCCUUGGAGAAGGCCAGUCCCACAGCCUCGGGGAAAGUAGAUCCCUCGAGCAGGGGAAAAGUAGAAACUGUCCCCUCUGGAGAUAUGGACUCUGUGUCUUUAGGAAAGACAGCCCCAGGGAAAAUAGCGCUGGAGAAAAUGGAUCCCAUGGGCCCAGUGGGAAAGGUAGAAGCUGCCCCACGGGGAAAGGUAGAUCCCCUCUUUCUAGAGGAGAAUCCUGUGAACUCCACAAAAGUGGAAACCAGGGCCUUGGGGAGAGUAGAGCAGAAGGCUGGGGGCAAAACAGAAACAAAGCCCUCUGGGCAUGAGGGUGCCUCGGCUUCAGGAAAAGCAGAGGCCUUGUCUCUGCCGAAGGAGCAGCCACGGGCCUCUAAGAAGAUGGAUCCCGUGCCCUCAUCUUCAGAGAAAGUAGAGCUCCUUGGGGCUGAGAAGGUGGAGACGGCGUUCCAGGGGAAGGCUGACUCUGCAUCUCCGAGAAAAGCAGAGUCUCCGUGCUCGGGAAAGAUGGUCCUUUUGUCCCCGGAAAAGGCAAAGCCCUCCUCUUCCAGGCAAUCAGACGGCAAACCCUGCAGCACGGCCCCCUUUCUCUGGGCUGGCGGGAGCAGCCGUGUGGAGCCCCAGUCGGUCCCCAGCACUGAGGCCUGCCAGAAAGACCUGGCGGCUGCUGGGGCCCAGAGAAGCCCUCGAGCGGAGGCCACUGCACCCCCGCAGAGGCCACGGACUCGUGACAACUUCACCAAGGCGCCAUCCUGGGACGCGGCGCUGGCUGCAGCCUUGGCGCCCCAGGAGGCGGCCGAGCCUGUGCGCGACGUGAGCUGGGAUGAGAAGGGCAUGACAUGGGAGGUGUACGGCGCCUCCAUGGAAGUGGAAGUGUUGGGAAUGGCCAUCCAGAAGCAUUUGGAGCGACAGAUUGAGGAGCAUGGCCGCCAAGGGGCCCCGGCGCCUCUGCCUGCCGCAAGAGCAGGCCCGGGUAGAGCAGGCUCAGUGCGUGCUGCGCCCCAGGAAGGCGCUGCCAAACGCCCACCCGGCCUCUUCCGCGCGCUCCUGCAGAGUGUGCGCCGGCCGCGGUGCUGCUCGCGGGCAGGACCCACGGCCGAAUGAGCUUCCCUCGUUUUGUACACCCGGGUUGCCAACUGUCUCAGGCUCCCUUCUUGACCCAAGGCCCCUAGACGGGGUCCCUUCGAUGUGCGAUAGGACUCCGAGGGGUGGGCAGCCUCGAGGGGCUUCUCAUCCCCUUUCCCAAACACUCAAAUGAACCCCCUCUACCCAGUCCCUUGGUGGCCAUGAGCCCACAAACCCAGCCCUGCUGCCGCCUUGUGCCCUGGCAGCCCUCAGCUACUCUCUCUCCUGGUCACACUGGGCGAGGUGGGGACCUGAUGGGCACCCCUACUUCCCACCCCUGAGAGCUGAGGCAGGCUCCAGAGAUGGCCAACCUGGGGCAUUGAGGUCUCCAGGGGGGCUCAUCCAGAGAGCUCAGAAAGACUGCAUGCAAAUCUCUAAGUGAUCCUCCAUGUGUGCAAGGACUGGUGUGCGAGGCCCCGAGUGCUGAGCUCUGAAUGUGAGGCCCUGGUGGCCUGAGUUUCCAGACGCAUGAGUGCAUCUCCACACAGUGCUACAGCCCCGUGGCUGGUGUCUCUUGCAUGUUGUUGGUGGUCCUUCCCCAACUCCCCUCUCCCACACACCUGGCCAGUACCCCAGCCCAAUCUCCUCUCCAACACACCCCUCAUCCCUCCACACCCCUCACUGGUUCACAAUCCCCAGAGGGGCCAAAGGCCAAGAAGUGCUGUGGGACCUCAGCUGAGAGGGACAGCACAGGAGGGUCAGAGGAUCUCAGACCCAAAUGGAGGUCACAGUAAGGCUCACAGAUGAUCUCUAGCCACUGCAGCUUGGGUGACAGCGAGUCUUGGCUAUCAGGGACAGGCUGGAGCACUCAUUCUGUAACCACAGUUGUCCUUUGAAGACCACUCUCUUCAGCCCCUUGUCCCCCUGUGCAGUGAGCCCCCACAAGUCCCUUGUGACCACUCAGUCCCCUUGUCCCCACCCCACCAGCCUUGAUUUUUUGGCUACAACUGUCACAGUAUACAUUGGUAAUAAAAUCUUUCC